AUGUGGUAACUGCCAGCCGCCGAGGAACUGUCAUGUGUGUUGUACGAUUAGCUACUUUUGCCUAAUUUUUAGUUCCAAUGAAAUUUUAAUUAUGUUUCUGAAUAAUACAACUACUUAAUCGUUUAAAAGCCUGCAUUAAACGCAUAUUUGAGUUAUAAGUUGCUAAAAACGGAUUGCAAAUGUCAAUAUGUCAGGAUCUCGGCCUUAAUUUCCAACAGAGAAUGGGCGCAAAUAUAUCGCAGUUGGAAAGAGAUAUUGGUUCAGAACAGUUCCCACCUAAUGAACACUACUUUGGUUUAGUCAAUUUUGGCAACACUUGCUAUAGCAACUCUGUGUUGCAAGCCCUAUACUUCUGCCGUCCAUUCAGAGAGAAGGUGCUGGAAUACAAGGCAAAGAACAAGCGCACCAAGGAGACGCUGCUCUCCUGUCUAGCAGACCUGUUCUAUAGUAUAGCCACACAGAAGAAGAAAGUUGGCUCAAUAGCUCCAAAGAAAUUUAUUGCAAGGCUUAGGAAGGAGAAAGAGGAAUUCGAUAACUACAUGCAACAAGAUGCCCAUGAGUUUCUAAACUUCCUUAUCAAUCAUAUAAAUGAAAUUAUUCUAGCGGAACGUAACCAGAGCACUCUGAAAGUUCAGAAGAACGCCUCGGGCGAGAGCGUGACAUGCAACGGCACCAGCACGGCGCCGGGCGGCGGUGACCCGACGUGGGUGCACGAGAUAUUCCAGGGCACGCUCACGAGCGAGACCCGCUGUCUCAACUGUGAGACUGUCAGCAGUAAGGACGAGCAUUUUUUCGACCUGCAGGUGGACGUAGGCCAGAACACAAGCAUAACGCACUGUCUAAAAUGCUUCAGCGACACAGAAACGUUAUGCAACGACAACAAAUUCAAGUGUGAUAACUGCAGCAGCUACCAGGAGGCGCAGAAGAGGAUGAGAGUGAAGAAACUACCACUCAUACUCGCGCUGCACCUCAAGAGAUUUAAGUAUAUGGAGCAAUAUAAUAGGCAUAUAAAAGUGUCGCAUAGAGUUGUGUUCCCCUUGGAGCUCAGGUUAUUUAACACGAGCAAAUUGCAGUCGGACGACGCGGUGAACCCGGACCGGCUGUACGACCUCGUGGCCGUCGUGGUGCACUGCGGCUCCGGGCCCAACCGCGGCCACUACAUCAGCAUCGUCAAGAGCCACGGCUUCUGGCUGCUGUUCGACGACGAUAUGGUCGAUAAAAUAGACGCGUCAGCUAUUGAAGAUUUCUACGGCCUAACUUCAGAUAUACAAAAAUCGUCAGAGACGGGAUAUAUACUAUUUUAUCAAUCUAGAGAUGCUAGCUGUUAAGUUUAACUAAUUUAAUUAAUUUAUAUAAUAUAAUAGGUUAGUGCUGAGUACGUUCUUUAAUAUGCCUCGUUUGUUAAAGUUGAAAGGGCAUAAUAAAAUUAUUGAAAUAUUGUUCAAUUCGAAACAUGAGAUAUUCAUCUUUUAGAUUUCAUUUGUAAAUAAAUAUAUUUCAUUUCAAAUUAUUAUCUGAAA